UGGUCAGAACGUUAUCAUUCCCUACGCCAAGAGGAACGUCUUCUUCCAGUUCCUCUGCUAGUACGAUUCUUCGAAACCCUCAAGACAAUAAACCAGAAGAACUUGAUAAGAAAAGAGGAAUUGAGGAAGAGAGAAGAGAAAGAGAGCAUAGAAGAACACCAAGACAGGAGAGAAACAAAAGGCAUUGGAGAGUUCCAAAAUACCAGAAAUAUGCGGGUUACCUUCGUUCUCGGCUGGCUCCUUCUGGGAGCCUCAGCAUCCCUCGCCGCUCCUUCGGAAGAGACGGAAGAAUCCACGCCCGAAAUGCUGACUCCAGAAGCGCGCUCGGCCAUCCUCCUGCCGCCCAGCUCUCUCACCAGGGAAGGGUUCCCAGGAUUCGCCCGAAACAACGAGAUCUGUGGCAUCCGUCGGAAUUCCGUGCCCGAUGUUAUCACCAGGAUCGUAGGAGGGUCGCCAGCUGAGACUCACGAGUUCCCUUGGCAAGUUUCGCUUCAGUGGCGCUACAAUUGGUACACUUACCACAUCUGCGGUGCCUCUGUCAUCGAUCAGAAUUGGAUCAUCACCGCCGCCCACUGCACACACCAAUUUACGCCCAAGGAACUACUUGUGGUGGCUGGAGAUCAUCUACUGAAGGAAAAGGAAGGCAGCGAGCAGUCACGCUAUAUCGAACGCAUCGUUGAACACGAGAACUACAACGCCAACACGCAGGAAAAUGACAUAGCACUUAUCAAGCUGUCGUCUCCUCUUGAACUCGACGGCAUGACAGUCUCCCCCACGUGCCUGCCUCCCCCCAUGACAAACUUUACAGGAGACUGCGUGGUGACAGGCUGGGGCAAGCUAAGGGAAGGGGGCAAGUCGGCCGACCUCCUGCAGAAGGUGAUCGUGCCCAUCAUCAGUGACCAGGAGUGCGAGGAUUCCUACAGGGUCAUUGGGUACACAGGACCCGUCGUGGACUCCAUGAUGUGCGCAGGACAUGAAUUCGGAGGGAAGGACGCCUGUCAGGGUGACUCUGGUGGUCCCUUCGCCUGCCGUGGAGCUGACAACCGCUACUAUUUGGCCGGCAUUGUGUCCUGGGGUAUUGGCUGCGCUCGUCCCAAUGUGCCCGGAGUCUACACCGAGGUAAGCCGCUACAUUAACUGGAUCGACGAUGUAGUCAACAGCCGCAUAGACAUUCCUAUUCGCCCAGCCAGUCUUAGAAGCUCGCCCUUAGAUGAAGAAGAAUGAGCUCCUCUAAAUGAAUAAAUAAUGAAGAAAUGCUCUAUUUGCAUGCGUGACAGAAGCAUUUUUUUUUUUUUUGUAAAUCAAAUAUAUGAUUGUCCGUAAGAGGAUAUUUACCAAUAGAGUCUUCUGUCCGUGAUUAUGUUGAUUUAUGUGGCAUAUGAGAAUAUGUGUAAAUGUGAAUUUUGGGUAGUUCGUUGUUUCAAGUAAUUGAUCGAAAAAAUAAUCGACUUGAAUUCCUACACAACGUAUUUGAUGAAAUUAUAGUUAUCCCCUAUCAUGUGAUAAUUACUGAUGUGUUAUACUAUCAGGGUGUUUUGCUGUAGUUUAUUCCGACUUCCAAUUGAAAUGUUAGCUUUUUUUUUAUCAUUCUGUUCACAUUCCAUCACAGAAAUACAAACGUCUGACACCAGAAUUUUCAAAUUUCUCUCUCUGUCAUAGCAAUUACGCAGUAUAGAUCUUGCAAACAUGAAUAAUUCAUCACAUAGAGCUUCUAAUCUCCUAGAUCUUGCAAAAAGAGGAUUCAUUCAUCAUAUCGCCUUCAACACCAUUCCAUUAUAGUGUCAAAGUGAAUGAUAAGUGAUAUAUAUAGGGUUAUACAUUCACCGUGUUGUGUUAAUGUCAGUUUAUUGAUAAUUAUUUAUUGAUGUUUUGUUAUGUUACCUGUUAUAUGUUUGUUGACUUUCUAAUUUAUUACAAAUAAAUAUUGAAUUUAA